AUGGUAUCGUGGUGCAAAACAUUCGUUCUGGGCUUGCUGCUAGGUACGCCCUUUGCCGCGGCGACCUACAGCGGAAACGCAUGCACGCUCGCACCAUUGGGUGAGGGACAAGACGAUACUGACCAGGCGAUGAACAUGGCUUACUGGCUUGCGCGCAGGAAGAUGACAUGGGACCUUGUUGAGGCAAGGGUAGACCUGCACGGCUACCUCAACGUGAGUACCAAAGCUGAGUUUCUACUCCUUGGCCUUCCUGACACAGGCAGCCGCGCCGGCACGCAGUUCAAGGCGGACCUCCCGUACUGGAUGAAGCCCGAAAACACCUACCGCGUCAUCUUCAUCCAAAGCCAAGCGUCGUGGUUCGUGAUCACCGGGCACGACUUCACCGUGGACGCUCACAACACAGGCGGCAUCAUCGGCAACGGGCAGUACUGGUGGUCGUGGUACGGCAACGGCACUCGCAUCGACGGCGAUGGGCGGCCCGUUGCGCUGACCGUGUACCGCGCCGCGCGUGCGACCAUCGCUGGCUUCCGCAUUGAGGGCCAGCCGUUCUGGUGCAACGCGAUCGCCGAGUCGCAGGACGUCGUGUACGACGGGAUGUACUGCAACGCGACGAACGCGGACCCGCUGUAUUUCAACCAGAACAUCGUGUGGAACACAGAUGGUAUUGACACCUUCCGCUCGGACAACAUCUCGCUGUUGAACUUCGAUAUCACGUUGGGCGACGACUGCAUCGCCAUCAAGGGCAACUCGACGAACAUAUAUGCGAACAACAUCACCUGCCACGGCGGAACCGGGAUCGCGUUCGGCUCGCUCGGACAGUAUUACGACCUGUAUGACAAUGUCGAGAACAUCACGAUCGAGAACGUCAACCUAAUCCGGCUUGAUCCUGCGAUCCAGCCAUAUAUGCGGAACGGGGUCUACUUCAAGUCUUGGACGGGUACGACGAUCGGAUUUCCUCCUGCGGAAGGCGGGGGCCGCACUGUCAAUGCCACGAUGCGCAACUUCUACCUGGACAAUGUCACGAACCCCAUCCAGCUGUACCAAACGAACAGCGGACAUCCCGGUGACGCCCCGUCGGAGUACCAAUUCAGCGACCUCACCUUCGUGAACUUCACAGGAUCUGCGGCGACGGAUCUGACACCGUGCCCUGGUUUGUUAUUCCAGGACAUCAACAUCACAGCGCCCGAGGGCGAGAAGGCGGCGUACAACUGCUAUAAUGUCGUGAGCCAAGAUGGGCUACUAGGUUCCAUGAUGCCAUCUGUCAAAUGA